AUGGAUAUCUGUGUUAACUUCAACCCUAUUUCUCGCCUCAUUCUCCACUUGCUGCUCUUGUUAUUUUUGGCUUCUUCAUGCCUAAACACUAGCAGUAUUAUGGAAUCAUGCAUGGAGGAAGAGAGACAAGCUCUUCUCAGCUUUAAACAAGAUCUCACUGAUUCGUCUGGAAAGAUUCCCUCUUCUCUUGGUAACCUCACAAACUUGAACUAUUUGGACCUCGAUUCUUAUUCUCUUAGUAAUGUUUCUUCCAAAAACUUGAAUUGGAUUUCUCAUCUCUCUUCCCUCAAAUACCUCAGUCUUAGAGAGGUGAACCUUAACAACACAGGAGUAAGUUGGCUACAUGCAGUUAACAAGCUUCCUUCACUCUUAGAGUUGCAUUUGUCAUCUUGUCAAAUUCAAAGCAUUCCACACUCCCUGCAAUCCAUUAACUUGACAUCACUUGCCGUCCUUGAUAUGUCAUUGAAUAAUGUUAUCACUUCUUCAUUUCCUAAAUGGAUUUUUAAUCUUUCUAGCCUUACGAAACUUGAUCUAAGUGAUAAUUUUUUCAGUGACCCCUUUGUUGAUGAAUUUGCAACCCUCAAAUCUCUAGAACACCUUGAUUUAUCUUUCACGGGACUCAAAGGUCAAGUUCCCAAAUUCAUUGGAAGUUUGUGCAAGCUGAAGUCAUUAAGUCUUGCAGUCAACAAAUUUGAUGGGGGGAUUCAAGAGUUUUUGAGUGGUUUUUCAGAUUGUUCAUUUAAUAGAAUGAAGUCACUAGAUUUGUCUUAUUGUGGGCUGGUAGGCAAAUUGCCUAGUUCGUUGGGAAUCCUAAAAAGCCUGCAGUAUCUCACCCUCCGUGGUAAUCUUUUCAACGGUUCCAUUCCUCAAAGUUUGGGAAAACUCACUCAGCUGGUUAUCCUUGAUCUGUCUGAUAAUUCAUGGGAUGGCAGUUUAACGGAAGCCCAUUUCAUAAAUCUCACAAGAUUAAAGUCUUUUCAAGUAAGCACUGAUCGACUUGUGCCCAUCAUUUUCAAUUUGACUGAUUAUGAAUGGAUUCCUGCUUUCAAGCUCCGUGAAAUUUACAUUUACAAUUGCCGAGUAGGUGUUGGCUUCCCUCUAUGGCUUCAAUCUCAAACUGAGCUCGUGCGGGUCUCACUUACGAAUACUGGAAUCUCAGGUCCAAUACCAGAGGAAUGGGUCUUUAAGAUAUCUUCCCAAAUCCAAUGGUUGUAG